CCAUCGUAACUGCCUUGUCACAAAUUCCAUAAUAAUCCUAAAGUACAAAAACCGUUAUUAAAAAGUACUUUUUGUAACCUCAGAUUUUGUCGCAGGCAUAUUAUUGGCUUUGUUCGUCUAUGAUUGUCAAAAUUCAAAUGUCAAAGUCAAAUUGCAACUUUUGAGGUUAAAAGAGCCCGGAUUUGUUGAAUAAAUUCGCCUUCUGAUUUAAAAGUUUCAUUUUUUCAGGGUAAAAAUCAUAUAUUGACAAACGAUAAUACUAAUAACAAUGGCUAAUUCCGGAAAAGGCACUUUCCAACCGGAUUCAGAUGUCCACAUAUCAUUGGAAGACCAACAAAAAAUUAAUAAGUUUGCUCGACUAAAUGCCAAAGUUGACGACUUGAAGGAUGAAUUAAAGAUAAAACUUAACGAUAUGAAAAACUUGGAGGAAGCUGUCGAGGAGCUAGGCCUUGCUGAUGAUUCUGAGAAAAUCCCUUAUCUAGUAGGAGAAGUGUUUUUAUGUCAGAACUUAGAAGACACUCUCAAAUCAUUAGAAGAAAACAAAGUAAAGAAACAAAAUGAAAUAAGCCAGUUGGAAGCCAAAUGUGAAGAAUUGAAGUCACAAAUGAGUGAACUCAAAGGGCAUUUGUAUGGCAAAUUUGGCAGUCAUAUUAACUUGGAGAAUGAAGAGGAUUAAAAAUUAUUUUAAAAUUACAACUACACUCAAAGUGCUUUGAAUAUUUUAGCUUAACUACUGGUCCACUACAUUUUUCUUAAAAUUUUCAAAUUGCUUAAAAAACACUUAAAAAGCAUGUAUGAAUCAAUACAGACAAGAAUUGUAUAUCUUAUAGUAACAGGUUUCCAAAAUAAACCAUCAAAGUACUUGAGGUGCUGCCAGUGAGAAAUCAAAAGUAAAAUUCACCGUACAAGUAAUCCCUAAAGUCUUAGAUCUACCUUUUAAAUCUCCUGCAAGUGAGAAAACAUUCUUAAAAAUAUUAACCUAUAACCUUUUGAGAAAACACCUCUCAUCACUACUGUAUUCCAUAUAUUAGGUACAUUAGCUAUUGAACAUGCAAUAAACUUGCAAUUGCUAAACAAGAAAACAUAUGAAUACAUCUAUGCUUCAGUUUGUGAAGAUAUUAUGCUUAUAGAACAAGGAAUACCCUGCAGCUUCUACUUUUAUAUAAUUCAAUGACCCCUGCCUAAAAAUACCAUAUAGAUGUUCUUUGAUGGGUAAUCUCUUGUUGAGAUGUACAUGAAUUACCUUAGGGCAAUAGUACAAAGCCAAUUUAUUCAUCAACAGCACCAGUAAAACUUUGAUUCUUCAUAUGCAAUUAAGGGAUCAUAUUAAACCAAUGCUUACU